AUGCCAGCAGAAUCCACCUCCGCCGAUGCGCGCCGCCGCGCCGCCCGCGAAGUCAUCGACAUCCUCCACGAAAUCGCAACAUUGCUGAACACCCACCUAGACCGCCAACAACUUUCUUACUGCGUGUCUCUGAUCGAGAACGGCGCGAAUCCCGAAGCUCUAGCCAAAGUCAUCCAGCAGUUGAGGGAAGAAUAUCCGGCGGAGUCGGUCGAUGGCGAUGCAGAUGAUGCAGGCGCAGGCGCGCGCUGA